AUGGGUCAAACAAAGCGCCGCGAGGCCAAGACAUCUCGCGCACCUAAAUCUUCUCUCUUUGGCGGCGGCAGGUCCGCGCAGGCCGAUUCCGGGCAGCCCCAGAUCAAAAAGGCGACCUUUGAGAUCACAAAAAAGAAGGAAGUGGGCGUCUCAGAUCUCACCCUGUUGAGCAAAGUCUCCAAUGAAUCAAUCAACGACAACCUCAAGAAGCGUUUUGAACAUGGCGAGAUCUACACCUAUAUCGGCCAUGUGCUGGUCUCGGUCAACCCUUUCCGGGACUUGGGAAUCUACACAGACCAGAUUGUCCAGAGCUACCGUGGCCGAAACCGUCUCGAAGUCCCACCGCACGUUUUUGCCGUCGCAGAGUCUGCCUACUAUAACAUGAAGGCAUACAAAGACAACCAAUGUGUCAUCAUCUCGGGUGAGUCGGGCGCAGGCAAGACGGAAGCUGCCAAGCGCUUGAUGCAGUACAUUGCGAGCGUCUCUGGCGGGACCGACUCCAGAAUCCAGAGGACCAAGGACAUGGUCCUAGCUACGAAUCCGCUCCUCGAGUCCUUCGGCAACGCCAAAACACUGCGAAACAACAAUUCCUCCCGUUUCGGAAAAUACCUCGAGCUCGAGUUUAAUGAACAAGGUGAGCCUGUGGGGGCCAAAGUCACAAACUACCUGCUGGAGAAGAGCCGGGUGGUGGGACAGAUCACAAACGAGAGGAAUUUCCACAUAUUCUAUCAGUUCACCAAAGCUGCCCCAAAGGAGUAUAGAGAUACCUACGGUGUGCAGCAACCUCAGUCGUAUGUGUACACGAGCAAGUCGAAAUGCUUCGAUGUACCGGGAAUAGACGAUGCGAGCGACUUCCGAGAGACCCUGAACGCCAUGCAGAUCAUUGGCCUCACCAAGGCCGAGCAGGAUAAUAUCUUCCGUCUUCUGGCGGCCAUUUUGUGGAUUGGCAACAUCACAUUCAGGGAGAAUGAUCAAGGAGGUGUCGACAUCGCAGAUGAAUCUGUGGUGGAUUUUGUCGCCUACCUUCUAGAAGUUGAGUCGUCUCAUGUGCACAAGGCUAUGACCAUCAGAAUAGUCGAAACAGCCCGUGGUGGCGGACGGAGAGGGUCCAUCUACGAGUCGCCCUUGAAUCCGGUCCAGGCGAGCGCUGUUCGAGACGCUCUAGCCAAAGCCAUAUACUUCAAUCUCUUCGAUUGGAUUGUGGCGCGCACCAAUGUCUCACUGAGAUCCCAGGGAGCGGUGAAAAACACGAUUGGUAUUCUCGACAUUUACGGGUUCGAAAUCUUUGAGAAGAACUCGUUCGAGCAGCUGUGUAUCAACUACGUCAACGAAAAAUUGCAGCAAAUCUUCAUUCAAUUGACAUUGAAAGCCGAGCAGGAGGAGUACGCCCGUGAACAAAUCCAAUGGACUCCGAUCAAGUAUUUCGACAACAAAGUCGUCUGCUCUUUGAUCGAGGACAAGAGACCCCCGGGUGUCUUCGCUGCUCUCAACGACGCUUGCGCAACAGCUCAUGCAGACUCUGGAGCUGCCGACCAGACCUUUGUCGGCCGACUGAACUUCCUCUCCAAUAAUCCCAACUUUGAGAACAGACAAGGCCAAUUCAUCAUCAAGCAUUAUGCUGGUGAUGUGAGCUACCAGGUGGCGGGAAUGACGGACAAGAACAAGGAUCAACUGCUAAAAGAUCUUCUCAAUCUGGUCAGCGAAAGCUCAAAUGCAUUUGUCCACGAGCUAUUCCCCAACCAAGUUGACCAGGACGACAAGCGACGACCUCCAACCGCCGGGGACAAGAUCAAGAUAUCUGCGAAUGAACUGGUUGAUACCCUUAUGCAAGCUCAGCCGUCUUACAUCCGAACCAUCAAACCUAAUGAGAACAAAUCGCCCAAAGAAUACAACGAACCUAAUGUGCUCCACCAGAUCAAAUAUCUCGGUCUCCAAGAGAACGUUCGCAUUCGGCGAGCUGGUUUCGCCUACCGUCAGACCUUUGAUAAAUUUGUGGAAAGAUUCGCCCUGCUGUCACCCAAACUUUCAUACGCCGGAGAAUACACCUACACAGGAGACGUCAGGACUGCGUCGGAAAUUAUUUUCAAAGACACAAGCAUUCCAAAAGAGGAAUAUCAGAUGGGUGUGACUAAAGCCUUCAUUAAGACUCCUGAGACCUUGUUUGGGCUUGAGCAUAUGAGAGACCGGUAUUGGCAUAACAUGGCCGUCCGCAUUCAAAGAGCUUGGAGAAACUACCUGCGAUAUCGGGCCGAAGCCGCCACGAGGAUUCAAAGGUUCUGGCGCAAAUCCAAGGUUGGUGUUAAAGAGAUUGAAUUCCGAGAUCAAGGACACAAACUCCUGGCUGGCCGGAAGGAACGUCGCAGAUACAGCUUGCUCGGUUCCAGACGAUUCUUCGGCGAUUACCUUGGUCUCAACAUGCCGGGUGGUCAAGGCCGUGUCCUCAGGGAUGCGGUCCACCUCAAUCCUCAAGAACGUUGUGUGUUUUCCGCGCGUUGCGAGCUGUUGGUCACCAAGUUCGGGCGAUCCUCACAGCGGAUGCCCAGGAUCCUUGUCCUGACUCCCAAAUCGGUCUACAUCAUUGUGCAAGCCGUUGUGAACAACCAACUUCAAAUCUCCGCAGAAAGAACAAUACCCAUUGGCGCGGUGAAAUAUAUCUCGUGCUCGAACCUGCGGGAUGACUGGUUUGCCCUUGGUGUUGGGUCUGCUCAGGAGCCGGAUCCCCUCCUCAACUGUGUUUUCAAGACUGAAUUCUUCCUGCAAUUCAGGACAGUCGCGGUCGGUGGCAUGAACCUCAAAAUCGGGCCCCAGAUUGAGUACAACAAGAAGCCGGGAAAACCUGCUGUGGUCAAAGUCCAGAAAGAUCCCGGAGUCACUCGAGACGACGUAUACAAGUCAGGGACGAUCCACGUUCCGCAAGGAGAGUCUCCAAAUUCGGUUUCGAAGCCCACUCCACGUGCUAAGGCAGUUGCCAGACCCAUCACCACCGGUAAACUGCUCAGACCGGGCGGACCAGGGGGUCAGCCUUCGAAGACGGCCGCCAGACGAGCUGUUCCCGCGCCUAGACCCACCCCGCAAACUCAGCGUCCUGUUCCAACACCUGCUGCUGCUCAUGCCCUCCCUCAACAGCCAAACGGCGCUUCUUCGCAUGCUCGAAACGAUUCAGCAUCAUCGUAUGGUAGAACCGCACCUCCACCGCCCCCACCGCCUCCCCCGGCCGCUGCUCCUGCGGCAGUACCAUCCAAGCCUCAAGCUAAAGUGAAGUACGACUUUAAUUCACCUAAUGCAAACGAGCUGUCUAUCAAGGCAGGCGACAUUGUGGAGAUUGUACAGAAGGAAAACAAUGGCUGGUGGCUCUGCAAGAACCCUCACACCGAGGCACAAGGUUGGACACCGUCUGCCUACGUAGAAGAGAUUGAGCAGGCACGCGCCGCACCUCCGCCUCCUCCGCCACCCCCAGUUGCACACCGUCCUGUUCCAACACCAUCGGUCAUGGUCAAUGGAGGUCCUAAGCCCGGGACGCCACCGGUUGGUGGCAGAGCUAAACCCACGCCUCCGGCGCCACCGGCCAAACGACCGGUUCCUGGGGCAAGGAAACCGGACGCGUCACCUGCCAGAGAUAGUGCAGUGGGCUUGGGCACGAACAGCGGGACAAAUUCUGGCCGUGCCACGCCGAGCAGUAUUGGAGGUGGCAGUCUAGCUGGUGGAUUGGCGGAGGCGCUGAGAGCCAGGCAGAGCGCGAUGAGUGGCAGAGACAAGGAUCGAGAGGAAGAUGACGACUGGUAG